AUGAGUGCAUAUGCUGCUCUAAAGGAUAAUUCGACAAUGAGUUCGAUAUUCCAUGAAGGAAGCGACAACAACAAUGAGGACGAAGAUGAAGGAUUGCUUCAAUAUCAACAAAAUUCCUCCGAUGAGAAUGAAGAAGAAGAACAACCCGAUGAAAAUGAGAUACCGACAGCUAAUACUGUAGAAAUUCCAUCCCGACAACAAAUCAUACCCACCCCACCUCCAAUCCGAUCAUCAAAACUACCUACGCAAUCCCGAUUUCUUCCGGAUGAUGAUAAUUUGAUCUUCAGCGACGAUGGAGAAUCCAUAAUCAUAGGAUUAAAAGUCAACGAAUACAUCAUCAUCCAAGGACAAUGUAAAUUAAUUAUCGAGAGAGGUGCAAUCAUGUUUAAUAGAUGUCAUUAUAUGACAGCAUGUCCAGAAACUAAAUAUGAUAUAAUUGCAUUACAGUCGCAAUCAUUGCCCAUGAUUUCGAGUACACAGGUCAUGGAUCGAUCCGUGGGGAUACGGGAUACGAAAACUGCCGAGAAUGAACAUUUGUUUAGUAGUGAUUAUAAAUCGGUGAUCAGGUUGAUGAAUUAUCGAACGGGGUUGGAAAAUAUAGGGAAAUAUUAUUCUCCAUUCAAGAGAUUGGUGUUUAAUGGGGGACUUGGGGAUGAUGGGAAUGAUCUUGAGAGUUUGGAACCACCGAGUUUGUUUGAGAAUUAUUCAUUUGAGAUAAUACUAAAGGAAAAGUCCGGCAUCGUUGGACUUGCAAUUGACAAAUCAUGGUCUAACAAAAUAACCGAACUCACCUCGGACAACAGCAAAGAGCCUAAAAUCAUCAUGGUCAUCGGAAACAAAAACACCGGAAAAUCAACAUUUUCCAAAACACUCCUAACCUCCUUCCAACUCGACCCAUCAUCCAAUCCAUCCCCAAUCUCCUAUCUCGAUCUCGACCCCGGCCAAUCCGAAUUCUCAUAUCCAUACAGUCUAUCCCUUUGCGAAUUCCUGUCCACCCAUCCAAAUCUAGCCACAUCAUUCCCCUUCACCACCACUAUCACCGACCGCCAUGAUCAUUAUUUCGGAUAUACUAGUCCUGUCCACUUACCUGACCACUACAUCGCCAUCAUCAAACAAUUAUUCCACAUCUAUGUCACCGAACACAAACCCCGCGGGAAUAGAUUGAUAAUUAAUACCCCGGGGUGGAUUAAGGGAUAUGGAAAACAACUCUUGAUCGAAAUAACCGACUUCAUAAAACCGGAUAUGUUGAUUUUGUUGAGUAAUUUUGUGGAUCGCGAUCAUGGUGAUAAUGUGGAUAUUUGUGCUGGGUUGUCGUUUGGGGAAUUGGAGGUCUUGCAAGGGAUGUAUCAGAGUCCGAAAUAUUCCGCGGCCCAGAUUAGGAUCUUGAAUAAAUUGACAUAUUUCCAUUAUCGACAAGGGGUGUUCGAAUUUGAGAAACAUUUAUUAGACCAGUCUCCGCUACGGGUGUCAUAUGAAACGAUUGGUGAUGGAUCUGGGUUUAGUGGAAUCAAUGCGGUUUCGGUAUUGAAUCAUACACAAGGGUAUGAUUUCAAUUAUGAGGAUUUGUUGACAUUGAUAGAAUCGACAAUAUUGGGCAUCUACGCAAUCGAAGAUGAAUUAUAUCAAUCUAUCAAAAUUGAUCUUCAUUCAGAGCCUAAACAUGAUACAUAUCCGAAAUAUCUCGAUCCAGGGGCAUUACUUGAAAUAUUACAUACUAAUGAUAUUAAUAAAGUGAAAUAUCUUGGAUUGCUUAUUCUUCAUAGUAUUAAUAAAUUAGAAAGAUAUAUGAAUGUGUAUGUACUGGAUCUCGUUCUUGAUAAUAUUAAAGAAUAUGUUGAGUCAGGGUAUAAAUUGGUGCUUGUGAGAGGAGAGGGGGAGUUGCCAAGUAUAGAAGUAUUGAAUCCUGAGUUGGUUUCCCAACAGGUGAAAUCAAUGAAGAGGAAACGAAAGAGGAUCAAGGCAGGGAAGAAUGAUGAUAGCGAUGAUAUAUUCACAAUGCCAUAUGUGAGUUUUGAAGCUAAGAGUAAAGUAGGUGGAGUUUGGAAAGCUAGACGAAAUGUCAUGAGAAGAAGUCAUCAACGUUCAUAA